ACGACUUUACUUUAUAAUUUAUGGUCAUAUACCUUCUAAGGGGUUAUCUAUCCUCCUUAUUACAAACCAAAAAACUAGCUUUCAACAACUCAACAACCACGUGAAUUGGACUAUCAUUUUAUUUGUAAAGUAUUCACACAAAGUAAUUAAAUUUGGAACUUUAUAGCUUUAUAUUUUUUUUUCCUUAUUAGAAAGUGUUGAGAAAAUUCCUUGUGGAAUUCAAAGACUAUCCUUUUACUUUCUGUCUCACCUUUGACACGUAUUUGAAUACCAAACUUAUAUAUAACCACUAAGAUAGACCCAUCAUUAUUCAUUUUUCAUUAAUAAGUUAGUGCUAUCUCUUUUUCUUGGAGUAAGAUUUCAAUUCAUAGCUCAAAUAUACACACUUCUUCAUAAGCUAUAACAACAAAGGAUUAAAAAAAAGGGUAGAUUUCAAUUUCAUCAAAAGAAUUGAAAUUGGUGUGAAUCAAAAGCUCUAUGGGAUUAUCACUUUCCAUAUUAAUUUCAGCUUGGGAAGAAAUUGUUAGACAUUCACUCUUUGGUCUAUCAUUCAACUAUAGUUUUGGUUCCAAAGAUGGUGCUAUGAUUUUAAGAACAAGAAGUUUAAACAAAAGAGAAUCAGAAACAACAACAACAAGAAGAAACAAUUCAAAUAGGUUAGAGGAUAAUAGACCAGAACAUGUUACACUUGAAAAAAAUGUUCCAAAUGUUGAUGAGAAGUUGAAGCAAAAAGAAGUGCCUUUGCUUUCUUUGCCUAAAGAAUUUGUUUUCUCUUCACCAAGACCAGUUUGUGAGCUUGAUGCUGCAGCAACUAAGGUUCAGAAAGUUUAUAAGAGUUAUAGAACUAGAAGAAAUCUUGCUGAUUGUGCUGUUGUUGUUGAAGAACUCUGGUGGAAAGCAUUGGAUUUGGUUGCACUUAAAAGAAGUUCUGUUUCAUUCUUUGAUGAACAUAAACAAGAGACUGCAGUUUCAAGAUGGGGAAGAGCAAGAACAAGAGCAGCCAAGGUUGGUAAAGGUUUGUCUAAGGAUGACAAGGCACAAAAAUUAGCCCUCCAACAUUGGCUUGAAGCUAUUGACCCACGUCAUCGCUAUGGACACAAUUUGCAUUUAUAUUAUGAUAUUUGGUUUGAAAGCCAAAGUGUUCAACCAUUUUUCUAUUGGUUGGAUGUUGGCGAUGGUAAAGAAAUAAAUCUUGAAAAAUGUCCAAGGUCGACUCUUCAACAUCAAUGCAUUAAAUAUCUCUGUCCAAAAGAAAGAGAAGAAUAUGAAGUAAUUGUUGAAAAGGGGAAGUUGGUGUAUAAACAAGAUGGAAGGUUUGUGGAAACAGAUGAAAAGUCCAAAUGGAUAUUUGUUCUUAGCACAACUAGGGCCUUGUAUGUUGGGAGGAAACAAAAGGGUGCUUUUCAACACUCUAGCUUUUUAUCUGGGGCUGCAACCACAGCUGCUGGAAGAUUAGUUGCACAUCAAGGUGUACUUGAGGCUAUUUGGCCUUAUAGUGGUCACUACCACCCAACUGAAGAGAAUUUUAGAGAAUUUGUUAGCUUUCUUGAGGAGCACAAUGUAGACCUCUCUAAUGUCAAGAGAUAUGCUAUAGAUGAUGAUGCUCCUUCAUUUAUUGUGACCAAUUCAUUUAUUGACAAUAAUGAAUCACAACAAAUUUUAUGUCCUACUCAAGCUUCUCAAUCAAUAUCCACAUCUAGCAAUAAUAAUACCAACAACAAAGGAAUCAAGGACAAUAAUGCAACACAAGUUAAAGACAAGAAAUUUGAGGGACCAAUAUUUGACUUUUCAAAGAGAUUAUCAUGCAAGUGGUCUACAGGAGCUGGACCUCGUAUUGGUUGUGUCCGUGAUUAUCCUGAACACCUUCAAUCAAGGGCAUUGGAGCAAGUUAAUUUGUCUCCUAGACCUGCUUCUGCAAGACCAUAUAGUUAUGGCCCAAUACCUUCUCCAAGGCCAAGCCCAAAAGUUAGGAUUUCUCCUAGGCUUGCUUAUAUGGGUUUACCUAGCCCAAGAACUUCAAUUCCUGCAAAUUGAGACAAGUUUUGAAAGAAUUAGGGUUGGUCGGCGAUCGAACACACUUCAUCCAACCCUGCUAGAGGUCGUAAUUGGAUUCAUUUGAUAACUGAUAGUAUUAGUCUCUCAGUCGUCAGAUGAAUUCAAUGAACGGUCUCUAGCUACUGGAGUAUAAGUGGAUACCUCACAACAAGUUUGUUACCUAAGUUGGUACUUGAAUUGGAGAGAAGUCUCGUAUAUUAGCAGCGAGAAAAGAUAGACUAACUAUUUAUUUUAAAUUUUGAGUAAUUUAUUUUGGUUUUAGAUUUGUUUAUUCCUUUAUUCUUUUAGGAAUUUGUGUUUCUUAUAGCAUAUUUGGUUCUGUUUUCGAAGACUGUUUGACAAAGGUCAUUUAUUCUCUUGUAGUUUUUGUGGAACCUUUUUGAAAGGAAAUAAAACAUGCUAUAAGCCUUUUACUAAGACAUUGUAUCCUUCACCU